GCCCUGACUGGGGAGGCCAGACAGGAACAGCGAUUCACUCCCUAUUCUCGUGAUCAUCCCACAUUUCUGGAACACCCACAGCGUCGCCGGACCCACUUUUCCUCCCAAGAUCACUGUCCUCGGCUCCUGGCCGCCACAGCAGCAGGCCUGCGCCGUGCCAGGCGCGCUCCCCGAGACCCUCCCGCCCCGCCCGCCCGCCCGCGGCGCGCCCCCUCCCCAGCCGCGACUGCGCCCUAGGCGCGCGCCCGCCCCGCCCGCAUCUGCGUGAGGCCAACCGCGGGGCGCAGGCUCCAACCCCGCAGCAAGCGCGAGUCCUUAGCCCGGAAGAUGAAGCAGGCCCUGGUGGAUGACACGGAGGAUGUGUCCCUGGACUUUGGCAAUGAAGAGGAGCUGGCCUUCAGGAAAGCCAAGAUCAGGCAUCCCUUGGCCACCUUUUUUCACCUUUUCUUCCGAGUGAGUGCCAUUGUCACCUACGUAUGCUGUGAUUGGUUCAGCAAGAGCUUUGUGGGCUGCUUUGUCACUGUGCUGCUCCUUCUGUCCUUUGACUUCUGGUCUGUGAAGAAUGUAACCGGAAGACUCAUGGUGGGCCUCCGAUGGUGGAACCAGAUCGAUGAAGAUGGCAAAAGCCACUGGAUUUUUGAAGCCCGAAAAGUAUCUCCAAAUCAUAUCGCCGCUACGGAAGCCGAGGCGCGCAUCUUCUGGCUUGGCCUCAUCAUCUGUCCCAUGAUCUGGAUAGUGUUUUUUUUCAGCACCUUGUUUUCCUUGAAGCUAAAGUGGCUGGCUCUCGUGAUUGCCGGGAUUUCACUCCAAACUGCGAACCUCUACGGCUACAUCCUUUGUAAGAUGGGAGGUGAAAGCGACAUCAGCAAGGUCACUGCCAAUUUUCUGUCCCAGACCGUGUUCCAGACGGUGAGUUGCUGAGGUCUCAUCUGGACAGUUACCCUGCAGCUGUGCAGAGUGAAGGAGGCUGUUGGCAUCACAAUUUGUGUAACCCUGCUGAUGCCAGCCUGCCACUGUUCUUUUUAUUGCAAUAAAAUUUACACAAAAUUGACAUUGAAA